AUGGCGUUUCAGUGGUUCGUCGGUUUGUUGGGGGCGGUGUACACCAUUUUGUUGUCGUCUCUGUUUGGGACUGGGAGUGCCGAUUCUGGUCCGGAUACGAGGAUACGGUUUGAAGAGGUUGAGCAGCAGCAACAGCAGCAGGAGCCAACAGGCACGGCUGGUGGUGGUAAACGUCCCAACAACACCCGUCAUCAUCAUCAACACCACGGAAGGGGGCCAAAGCUGUUUUUGUUGUCGGCGUGGGACAUGCUGCUUGACGUGCUCUCUUUUUGGCGGCAGAAAAUCAUAACCCACUACACCAACCCCACCCCCUUGACCCUCUACCUCUCCGCCCUCCACUCCGCCAGAACGUUUGAACAGUGGGAGGAGGCGGCGCUCAAUCUGGAUACGUUGCUCGGGCUGGACCUCUGGAGGAACAACCCUGUCUCUUCGCACUACGACUUCAAGCUGAUCAAUGAGCGGCUGGUGAGUAUUGAGAUUGCGAGGGAGACGGGGGACGUGCACUCGCUGGUUAACCUGCUGAGGAGUGGCUUGGUGAGGAACUUGGGGAAUAUCACCGCCACGAAGUUGUACAAUCGGGCGUUUGCGGGGACAAAGUUUUUGAUUGAGGAGUAUGUUAGGGCUGUGGCGGAGGGGGUGGAGGAUAUUAAGAGCUUGCCUUCGCCGGGGGAGACGUCGGCGGUGGGGUAUGUUGUUGAUGGUGGUAGGGGAGUUCCAAGGGGUGGUGGUGUCGCGAGGCAGGGGCAUCAUGUUAGUUUUGAGGAUAAUAAUGGGGAGAGUAGCACCGGUGGGGAGGGGAGCAGUAGCGGUAAGGAGAGGAGGCAGACGCUUAGUGUGAUGACGACAAGGGGGGAGAGUACUGCCGCUGGAGGGGGGAAUGGGACGCCAAAGGUGGACUGGGGGGGUCUGAGUGUUGCUAGCCCCCCCGGCGGUAGUCAUUUGCCUGAGGGGGGGAGGAUGGUUGCUACCAUGUCUACGCAGGCGAAGCUGGAUUUUAUACAUGAUACGAGACAGGCUUUUGGGAGGACGGCGUUGGUUUUGCAGGGGGGGGCGAUUUUCGGUUUGUGUCACUUGGGGGUGGUGAAAGCUUUAUUUUUGAGGGGGCUGUUGCCGAGGAUUAUUGUGGGCACGGCGACGGGGGCGUUGAUUGCUGCGUUGGUGGCGGUUCAUUCCGAGGAGGAGCUGCCGAGGGUGCUGAAGGGGGAUGGGAUUGACCUGAGCGCGUUUGCGAAGCAGGGGCAGGAUCCGGUCAAGCAUAACCAGGGGUUAAGGGAGUCGAUGUGGUCGAGGUGGGCUACGCUGGUGAGGAGGGUGCGGAGGUUUAGGAGGGAGGGCUAUUUUCUGGAUGUGAAGGUGUUGGAGGAGUGUAUCAAGAGUAACAUUGGGGAUUUGACCUUUGAGGAGGCGUAUCAUCGGAGCAAGAGGGUGUUGAACAUCACGGUUGCUACGGCUGGGCAUGGGGGUGUGCCGACGUUGUUGAAUUACUUGACGGCUCCUAACGUGCUAAUCUGGACCGCCGCCGUCGCCUCCAACGCCUCCACACCCACCUUCUACGGCCAUCGUCAAACCAAGAUCCUCUGCAAAGACUCCCAAGGCAACAUCGUCCCCUGGAAGCCCGCCAACGAAGUCGACUUCAACCACUGGACCAACGCCUCCUACACCGAGCAAGAAUCCCCCCUCCUCCGCAUCGCCGAGCUCUUCAACGUGAACCACUUCAUCGUCAGCCAAGCCCGCCCCUACCUCAUCCCCUUCCUCCAAAGCGACAUGCACGGCCCCUCCAUGGUCGAAACCCGCAACAAGACCAUGUCUGGCAUGGCCUUCAUCAUGCGCAUGGUCGGCCUCGAGCUCCGACACCGCCUCCGCCAGCUCGACACGCUCCAGCUGCUCCCGGCGGGUAUCCGUCGGUUCCUUGUGGACGAGCGGGUGCCGGGCGCGAGCAUGAUGCUUGUUCCCGAGGUGACGGCUGGUGACUUUGUCCGGCUGAUGGAAACCCCCACCAAGGAAACGCUGGAGUAUUGGAUCCUGAGGGGUGAGCGUAGUGUCUGGCCGGCUGUGGCGGCGCUCAAGAUUCGCUGUGCGGUGGAGGAGGAGCUGGAUAGGGCUUACCAGGUUGCCAGACGGCUCAAGGCUGGGGGGUUAAGGAGGAAGACGAGUCAUAUGCAGACGCCCAUGUUGGGCGCUUUAGAGAACCCGGAAUUGGGGGUUGAGCAGGAGAGGAAGGAAAGGUUCAGGGCUCAUAGCGCCAGUGCGAGAGGUUCACCUACUGCAUGAGAAAGUUCGUGGGAGUACUUGGGAUAGGAGUUAUCGAAUGGGUUUUUUUCUUUUUUUCUUUUAGAUGGUCAAGAGACGGGACGGCGGGGUACACCGUCAAUGUAUUUUAACGCACAAAAGGUGUUUGUUGUCUUCA